AUGGACAAAGAAAGCGGAUAAGAGAAGACAGGUUGUGAUCAUAAACUUACAUGCCAGAACGAGAUUCUUAAGAGUUUUUGGAUAAAUUUCCUAAGAGGAACUGCCCUUAAGUUAGUACUAAGAAUCAUAACUGAGAGAAGCAUCUAAUCUCUGAUGAAAUAAUAUUCUGACAUUCCAAAGUUUGGAGUAGUUGUCGGACUAUUUUCUUCCUUGUAUAAGCUUACCCGAUGCCUACUCAAUAAGUAUUUCCCAGACAUGAAUGUGGCGUUGAAGACAUAUAUAUCAGGUAUGGUUUCGUCUCUAGCUUUGCUGAUAGCUAGCCCUGGAGAACAAUCAAUCUUGAAACUUUUAAUUUAUCCUAGAGCAUUCGAAUGCCUAUUCUAGCUGAUGUGUGAGAAAGGAUAUAUUAAGAAGUUUAAGCAUGGAGAUAUCCUAUUUUAUGCUAUCUAGGUCAUAGCUGUAACCUACAAUUACAUUUUAGAGCCACCUAAUCUUCCCAGAGGAUUUAACAGAACUAUUGACUAGUAUUCUCAGCUAAAUUAUGGAGAACAUGUCACUCUUCUUGCUAGUAGAGCAAGACUAAGAGCUGAUCUUAAUCGUAAAUAUGGACAAACCAACUGA